GUUAGUAAAAUAACGAAAAAAUAUGAAAGCUGUGGUAAGCAAGUUGCAUUGUUCCUCGGCGGAGGAGGUGAUGGUGGUGAGACGGCGGCCACACGUGGUCAACGGCGGUGGCUUCGUAGUGACAAAUUGCAAAGAGAAUAUCGUUUUUAAAAUCGACGGCUGUGGAGUUCUUGGCACCAAAGGAGAGUUAGUUCUCAGAGAUGGUGAUGGUGACGAGUUGCUUCUCAUCCACAAAAAGGGAGGAAUAGUGCAGGCUCUUAGCAUUCAUAACAAAUGGAGAGGCUAUAGUUACGACUACCAAGGUAGCCCUAAACCGGUUUUUAUAUUGAAGGAUCCCAAACAUUCUUGCUUCUCCAUAACUGGUUCAAUCCGCAUCUCGGUCCAACCAGAGAAUUGCUACUUUGAUGUGAGAGGGUAUUUCCCAGAUAAAGAUUGUAGCAUCAUUGAUUCCACCGGAAAUAUCAUUGCUCAAGUAAAAGAAUGGAUUGGGAGCAGGGAUAUAUAUAAGGUAGUGAUAAAAGCAAAUGUGGAUACAGCUUUUGUCUUCGGAGUUAUCGCAGUUCUUGACUAUAUCUAUGGUGAGUCUACAAGUUGUUGAUCCCUUCAUAACUUAAUUUCUGGAUAUCUUCCCAGCAUUACUCUUUGCUAGACUCAACUUGCGUAUGUUGUUUCUAGUAAAGUUUGGAGACUCGAUGUUACUACGUCUACGUAAUUAAUUUAUAUAUAUUGUACAUAUGUGAGCAACAUUUCUUCCUUUAA